UUUAAUCUGCCCCGCUAUACAGAAAAUGAAUAGUAAGGUAGGAGGGAAGGCCACAAAUGAAGAACUGUUUCUGAAACAUCAACAGCACCUGCAGAGACAAAGAGAUGUCAUUGCCUACAGGAUGAAGACGCUGGCAGCUAAGAAGGUGGAGAUAACAAAAAAGACCAACGCAGUGAAGGAGAAAAUCAGGAAAAAGUAUGAGGACAUGAAGCGGGUUCUUGAUGAGGAUCUUCGGAUCACACUGACCCAGCUGGACACGGAGCACGAGGCUACAGAGAAGUUAGUGGAGGACAGGAUAGAAGACUGCUACCACCUCACUCAGGAACUGGACCAGGAACUGUCCAACAUGGGUGCCCUAGUGAAAACACAAGAAACUGACAAUCAGAAUGCAGAAACAGAAAAAAGAAUAUCGAAGACUCUGAAGUUGACUGACCCUGACCUGAUUCAGAUGGAUGAGUUCAAGAAUGAACAACUACUGAGUCUUACCAUCAACCUGCUGCUGUUCAUCAGAUCCCAGGUCCCUGUCACCAAGAAACUGUUUCAGAGCUAUGCUGCAGAUGUUGUCCUUGACGCAGACACUGCCCACCCCAAGCUGAUAAUCUCUCCCAAAGGUGACUCAGCCACUUACACAGACACCUGGCAGGACGUUCCAGAGACUCCCUCCCGCUUUGACACCACCCUAAAUGUAGUCAGCGAGCAAGGCUUCAACGAGGGCCGCCAGUACUGGGAAGUGGAGGUGAGUGGGAAGACUUACUGGGAGCUGGGGCUCACCUACCCAAGCAUCCCGCGCAAGGGCCGUGAGGAGGACUCCUGGCUGGGCCGAGGCAAAGAGUCUUGGUGUGUGGAAUACUUUAAUGGAGACUACACAGCCUGGCAUGGUAGAGUCCAGCAUGAGUUGCCUCUGGUGGCAGGAAAACAGUUUACUCGCAUCGGGGUGUACUGCAGCUUCCCCGGGGGUUUGGUGUGCUUUCUGGGAGCUGAUACUAUGACUCCGCUCCACUGCUUCUGCGCUGGGACCUUCACUGACACCCUACAUCAAGCAUUAUGUCCUGGCCAUGACAACGAAGGAACAAACUGGAAGUCCCUUAAGAUCUGUGAUGCCUCCCGAUCCGCUCCUGUUCUCUGAGGUGAGACAGGAAGGAUGGGGCAAAAAUGGUUAGGAAUGUGUUGCCCUGUUGGGUAUGUGCAUCAGCUGCCUGAUCUGACAUUCUUAACUUCUGACAUCAACUCUGGAUGCUGUGCGUGUCAGGCUAGUCUAAAUUUGCCUAAAGGAAUUUUUAGAGGGUGUCUCUAUUUUAGAUUUACAGGUGGUGUAAUUCAUUUCCAGUUAUGAUGUUUUUCUUUAUAGUGGACACACCAAAGCUAACGUGACGACAGGGCUGUUCUUCAUACUGUGGCAGUACAUUUAUUUUUAAAAGUUUAUUUUUAAUGCUAUGUUGAAUCAGAAUACCCAGAUGAGGAACUUCAAAAGACAGAAGCUUAGUUGGCAAGGAAAGAGAAUUCAAUUAAGAAACAAUACUAAAUAACCUUUAAUUUGGUCUGCUUCUUAACACUCAAUCAAUUUCAAGCUGGAUUAGUCUACCAUUAAUUCAAGGACAAUAAUGGGGACAUUAUGUUUGUAUUUUUUGUCAACUAAUCCAAUGAAAAUACCAAGACCAAUAAUGUGUUAGUCCACCUCUUUUUGACCUUCUGUAGUUGUCUGUGGCUCUCAACCCAAGCCCAUUAGUGCUUAUUAAAAAAUCUAUAAAGGACCAGUGUGUAGGAUUUAGUGGCAUCUAGCAGUGAAGUUGCAGAUUGGAACUAUUUGAAUACAGCUCAGCCGUCCAACCAUGUAGGAGAAACUACAGUGGCUGCAAAACUUGUAAUAAAUGUGGAAGGUUCUAUCUAGAGCCAGUGUUUAGUUUGUCCGUUCAGGGCUACUGUAGAAACAUGGCAGUCUCCGUGGAAGCGGACCCACUCCUGUAGAUAAAACUGUCUCAUUCUAAGGUAACAAAAAUACAAUGAUUCUUAUUUUCUGGUGAUUAUACACCCAUUAAAACGCUUUUUUAUUAUAUUCUGUUUCUGCCAAUAGGUCCCCCUAAAUAUUACACAAUGGACCUUUACUCUUUUAUAGUUUUUAUCAAAUGUUAUGCAGUGGUAAAUAGGGCAUUUGUUGGGGACUAUUUUCAGCUGUAGAAUUAUACACAGUUGAUAUAAAUCCACAGCAAUUGGUUGUAAGAUAGUGUAUAUGCAACUUAAAAUUAACAGCAGUGCCCAUAUUUAUAAUAAUGAAGCAACAGGUUAGUCGGUGUAAUAAUGUGGCUCACUGAUAUGUUUUAAUAGUUUUAAGACAAAAAUAGAGCUGAUAUAAGCUUUAUCAGGCUUUAGCUACACAGACAUACUUGACAUACAGUAACAUCAAUUCAUUGUUGGUUUUUGUCUUUUUGGGAUAUCUGUUGACAAUGACAAAAAAUAAUAGAAUAUCACCAACCUUAUCCUUUAAUUGUUAAUGGUGAGUAUAACUUUUUUAAAUGAACAAGUUUUUAGUGUUUCCUGUAUUCAGUGUAUUCUUUGGCAUGUUACAAACAUCUUCCUUGUCUUGGAAAAAGGAAGCCUUUGUGUUUACAGAUGUGCAAGAAAAAUGACACACAACUCACUACAGAAUAAAUUCUUC